GGUAGCACCAUGGCAACGGCCGGUCCCCUGGGCGCGUGACGUAACCCUUCCGGAUUAGUGUCUAGCGGCCUCUGCGAGGGAGAGCUAGAGUUCUGGACAGGGAAGCCCCUCGCCUACCUCAGCCUUUGCCGGGCGCGCCCUGAUCCCUUGGAGGGCUUUGUUCUUUUGUUCCGGUCUUGAGGGAGGACCGGAGCUGGGCCACGCCGGGCUGGUCCAUCUCCUAGCUUUUCCUCUUCGCAACAGGGUAGCCAACCUCAGCGUAUGUACGGGCUCGGACUCUCCUGCAAGGAGAGCUGGACCUCUGAGCCCCAGUCCGAGAUCCCAGCUGGAGGGGACGCUGUCUGGGAAACGGUUGUCCAUGUUCCAGAGGAACAGGAUGAGCUCCUGAGAUGGAAGAUCUGUCUUCUUCAGACUCUGCCCUUCUCCAAGGGGGGCAUACAGAUAAAGGAGGACUGACCCCUCUACUUUCAUCAGCCAGUUUUCAGGGAUCAGUGACCUUCAAGGAUGUCAUUGUGGACUUUACACAGGAAGAAUGGAAAUGGCUGGAUCCUGUGCAGAGAGAUCUGUUCAGAGAUGUGACACUGGAAAAUUAUACACACCUGGUCUCUAUAGCAGGACUCCAGGUUUCCAAACCUGAUGUGAUUUCUCAGUUAGAACAAGGGACAGAGCCAUGGACAGUGGAACCAGGCGUUCCAGUAGGUACUUCUGGAGACUGGGAGACAAGGCCUGAAAAUAGUGGGUCAGCCCCAGAUCUAGACAUUUCUGAAGAAAAGCCAUCUCCAGCAGCAAUAGUGGAAAACGUAAAAAGGGAUGAUCAUGGGAGUUCCAACUUCUUAAAAACUUGUGAAUCUGAAGGCAGUCUAGAUAGGGAACAGGCAAACCAACAGACACUGCCAAGGGAAAUAAAAAUCACUGAAAAGAUAAUACCCACUUGGGAGAAAGGCCCUAUAAAUAAUGACUAUGGGAAACGUAUCAAUAUGAGUUCAAACUUUGUAACACAAGAAAUAUCUUCAGAAGGGAGCCCUCCUAAAUGUAAUGAACAAAAAGCAGGUAUCAAACAGAAUUUAAACCCAAUUAAAAAAGAGAAAUCUUGUAAAUGCAAUGAAUGUGGGAAAGCUUUUAGUUAUUGUUCAGCUCUUAUUCGCCAUCAGAGAACACAUACUGGAGAAAAACCCUACAAAUGUAAUGAAUGUGAAAAAGCCUUCAGCCGGAGUGAAAACCUUAUAAACCAUCAAAGAAUUCAUACUGGAGAUAAACCAUAUAAAUGUGAUCAGUGUGGAAAAGGCUUCAUUGAGGCACCAUCUCUUACUCAGCAUCAAAGAAUUCACACUGGAGAAAAGCCCUAUAAAUGUGAUGAAUGUGGGAAAUCAUUCAGUCAGAGGACCCAUCUUGUUCAGCAUCAGAGAAUUCAUACUGGUGAGAAACCAUAUACUUGUAAUGUGUGUGGAAAAGCGUUUAGCCAGAGAGGCCACUUUAUGGAACAUCAGAAAAUUCAUACAGGAGAAAAACCUUUUAAAUGUGAUGAAUGUGAUAAAACUUUCACUAGGAGCACACACCUUACUCAACACCAAAAAAUUCAUACUGGAGAGAAAACCUAUAAAUGUAAUGAAUGUGGGAAGGCCUUCAAUGGACCCUCAACAUUUAUCCGACAUCAUAUGAUUCAUACUGGUGAAAAACCCUAUGAAUGCAAUGAAUGUGGAAAAGCCUUCAGUCAGCACUCAAACCUCACUCAACAUCAGAAAACGCAUACUGGGGAGAAACCCUAUGAUUGUGCUGAAUGUGGAAAAUCCUUCAGUUACUGGUCAUCCCUUGCUCAACAUCUGAAAAUUCAUACUGGAGAAAAACCUUACAAAUGCAAUGAAUGUGGGAAGGCCUUCAGUUACUGCUCAUCCCUUACUCAACAUCGGAGAAUUCACACCAGAGAAAAGCCCUUUGAAUGCAAUGAAUGUGGAAAGGCUUUUAGUUACCUCUCAAACCUUAAUCAACACCAGAAGACUCAUACCCAAGAGAAAGCCUAUGAAUGUAAGGAAUGUGGAAAAGCCUUUAUUCGUAGUUCGUCUCUUGCUAAACAUGAGAGAAUUCACACCGGAGAGAAACCCUAUCAGUGUCAUGAAUGUGGGAAGACUUUUAGUUACGGCUCAUCCCUUAUUCAGCAUAGGAAAAUACAUACUGGAGAAAGACCUUACAAGUGUAAUGAAUGUGGGAGAGCAUUCAACCAGAACAUACACCUUACACAACAUAAGAGAAUUCAUACAGGAGCAAAGCCUUAUGAGUGUGCUGAGUGUGGUAAAGCCUUUCGUCAUUGUUCUUCUCUUGCUCAACAUCAAAAAACCCAUACAGAAGAAAAACCCUAUCAGUGUAAUAAAUGCGAUAAGGCCUUCAGCCAGAGCUCACAUCUGACUCAGCAUCAACAAAUUCACACUGGAGAGAAGCCUUAUAAGUGCAAUGAAUGUGACAAAGCCUUUAGUCGGAGCACUCAUCUGACUGAACAUCAGAAUACUCAUACUGGAGAGAAACCUUAUAACUGUAAUGAAUGCAGGAAAACUUUCAGUCAGAGCACGUACCUCAUUCAGCAUCAGAGAAUUCAUUCAGGAGAGAAGCCUUUUGGAUGUAAUGAUUGUGGAAAAGCAUUUAGAUACCGUUCUGCUCUCAACAAACAUCAGAGACUUCAUCCUGGCAUAUGACUAUUUUAGGAACAUCAUAAGUUAAGGGGAUACAUUUAAUCUAGCUCAUCUUUUUCUUAAGUGCUGAAGAAUCAAAAUGGAUUGAGAAACAGCUUAAAAUAUUUUAAGUUUUCACAAUCACAUUAUAGAAUGAAAAGUACAUUGGAUUAAACUAAUCCAGUUAUGUGAUGUUGGGAAACUCAACUAUUUUAAACUUCAGUUUCCUCAUCUGUGAAAUGAGGAAUUUGGAGUAGAUGAUUUUAAAGGUACUUUGGAGUUUUAUAUUAAUUUUGUAUAUUCACAGUAUAUUCUUGAAUAGGAUUAUUGUAUAUCAGCAUUUUGCUGUGUUGAAUCUGGACUGUGUGUGUUUUUGCAUGUUUUGCCGGUAGAAGGCAUUUGUGCUUCAGUAACUAGACUGGGGAUCUAUUAUGCUCCUGUUCUAAUGCACCUAAGUUGUUUAGGUAACUGCCUCCUAAUAAAAAGAAUUAUAAAAUACUCUCAGUAAUUCAGUAGCAUAUAAUAGCUAUGAGUAUUAAAGUUUCCUAUUAUUUUUCCUUCUAGUGUGUUUUAACAUCUAGAAGUGUCUUAGUUUUCUAGUGCUCUCAUAACACAAAUGCCACAAGUGAGUGACUUUAAAGAUCAAGAAUUUAUUGUCUCACAGUUUUGGAGGCCAGAAGUCUGAAUUCAGGUUGUUGGCAGAGCUAGGCUCUCUCUUUCUCUCUCUCUUCUAUAGAAGGCCUUUCUCUGUCUCUUUUAGCUUGUAGUAAAAAACUGGUAAUUCUUGAGAUUCCUUGGCUUGUAGAUGGAUUUUCAUGGUCUCUUCCCCAUGUGUGUGUAUGUGUGUGUGUGCAUGUGUCUAUUCUGCUCUUUUUAUAACACUCAGAAGUGAUUAGGUUUAGGACCCACCCUACUUUGGUAUGACCUCUUUAACAUCACAAAAGAAAAUCUAUAUUUCCAAACAGGGUCAUAAUUACAGGUUCAGGGGUUAGAACUACCACUUGUCUUUUUGGGUGACACAAUUCAGUCCAUAACAAGGAAUUUAUCAUAACUACAGUGAUCAGCUUCUACAGCUUAAUCCUGGUUACAUAUUGGAAUCAUCUGGGGAACUUUAUAAAAUUCUCUUGCAAAGGUCCUAUGCCCAGAGACUAGUUUAAUUUGCCUAGGAUGGGACGCAGGGUUCAGAAUUUUUGUUUUUAACUCCUAAUAUGCACCCUGGAGAGAACAGUUGUCUUAGGCUUCAUUAUUCACACCUUUAUUGUCUUUCCCUUGUGGCUGCUCUUUGAAGCCUCAGAUUACACAUAAUGUACCUUUGACAGUUUAAUCUUGUUUUGUAAAUUGAAUUCUUCUUGAAAGGUCUGGGAGGUAAAGUCAAUUUGCUUCCUCACCAAACUGCAAAACUUAAAAAAAAAAAAAAAAAAUAACCCACUGCUG